AUGUUAACCAAUGAUAGUGUUCUUAUACUUGCUUUACGUAAUGCUCGUGUUGGCUAUUUUAAUGGCAAGGUUGUAAACAUAACAGCUGCAACAUUACAUAUUAAUCCACCUUUUCUAGAGGCAGAACCUAUAAUACUAAGAGGAAAUGACCCUUUGGUUACUCCAUUUUUUUCUCCAGCAACUACCCACAUUGAUGGCAAAUAUACUAGAAUGACUAUUUUAUCAAUCCGCGAGCAUAUGAGUGUUAAACUAGAAACUAUUCAAACCACUUUACUAGUUGUUCUACAUUUUGUAAACAUAACAGAUAAAACUUUUUGUUACGCAGCUUGCCCACUAACAGUAAAUGAAAAGCCUUGUAAAAAAAAAUGCACUCAACAGGUUGAUGAUUCAUGGUUCUGUCCUAGAUGUGAAAUGACCAUGGCAGAGUCCAAUUAUAGUUACCUUUUACCAGUAAAGUUACAAGAUGCAAUAGGUACUGUUUGGACCACUGCAUUUGAUGACAUUGGAACUCAAUUGAUAAAGAAAACUACAAAAGAGCUUUGUGCACUGGAAAAUGAUGCCACAACAACAGAAACACCUUGCUUUGUGAUUAAAAAGCUUGUCUCACAUCACUACUCAUUCACACCGUUGGUUUCUACUGACACGUACAACUCUGGAUCAAAGAUGAAAGUCACGAUCAACAAAGUCUCCUCUAUUGACUAUAAAUCUGAGUGUGAUGCAUUACUUGCAGAGAUUGGUUGCUUAUCUACACAGGCUUAG